UGAUUCUAUGCUUUCAAAUAGUUAGCUACAAGCUCAUCAAUCUCUGCUCUAUUAAAAAAAGAAGAAGAAGCAAACACAAAACAACAACAAAGAAAUAUGGCAAAGCUCAUAGUUAACUUCUCUGCUCUCUUGAUGAUCAUCUUGUUGGUUUCUAAUGGACUCCCAAAGGCGGUAGCCCAAACAUGCUUUAAAGGUGAAGCUCAAGAGGGUGUGUGUGUUAAAGUUGACGGCUCAAAAUUGUGUGACCUUCUUUGCAGGGCAACCAACACAACUUGGUUUGGGGCAUGUGAAGUGGAAGACAACGAGACGCACUGUCACUGCUACGGACCUUGUUAAGUAUCUCAUCCGGACGCAAAACCAAAUAUGAAACGUGAAUAAUUGUGUAUCAGUACCUAAAUAAUGUGUGCAUUGCUUAUGAUCAAUGUCACAUAUCUACAUGUGUGUUCCAUGUUUGUGUGUUUUUAUUUUAUCGCUUUCAAUAAAUUUGCAUCAGCAC